AAUGGGUGCCGAGAAAAAGAGCAAUAAGAAUAGAGAUCAUAUUGGGUCCAUACGGUCGAUUUUCAUGCAUGCAGACCGUGUGGAUUGGUUGUUGAUGGUUCUUGGGCUCAUUGGAUCCAUUGGUGAUGGGUUCUCAACGCCUCUCGUGUUGUUUGUGACUAGCAAAUUGAUGAACAAUCUUGGUGGCGCAUCUUCUUCUGCUGAAGCUUUCUCUCAUAGCAUUGACAAGAACGCACUGGCGCUUUGUUACCUGGCCUGUGGACAAUGGGUUGUUUCUUUUCUGGAGGGAUAUUGUUGGACAAGAACAGGUGAGAGACAAGCUACAAGAAUGAGAGCAAGAUACUUGAAAGCAGUGCUAAGACAAGAUGUGGGUUACUUUGAUUUGCACGUAACAAGUACAGCCGAAGUCAUCACAAGUGUCUCUAACGAUAGUCUUGUAAUUCAGGAUGUUCUUAGCGAAAAGGUUCCAAACUUUUUGAUGAAUGCUUCCAUGUUUUUUGGGUGCUACAUAAUCGGAUUUUUUAUGCUAUGGAGACUAGCAAUUGUGGGAGUUCCCUUUAUUGUGAUUUUAGUGAUUCCUGGUUUAGUGUAUGGACGGACUUUGAUGGGAAUAGCUAGAAAGACAAGAGAAGAGUAUAACAAGGCAGGUACAAUAGCAGAACAGGCAAUAUCUUCAAUUAGGACUGUCUUUGCCUUUGUUGGCGAAGGCAAAACCAUAGCUGCAUACUCUGCAGCUUUAGAAUUUUCAGUGAAAUUGGGUUUAAAGCAGGGCUUGGCUAAGGGGUUGGCCAUCGGCAGCAAUGGUGUGGUUUUCGCUAUUUGGUCUUUUAUGUCUUAUUAUGGCAGCAGAAUGGUGAUGUAUCAUGGCUCUGCGGGAGGAACUGUGUUUGCUGUUGGUGCCGCCAUAGCUGUGGGUGGCUUGGCUCUCGGUGCUGGUUUAUCCAACGUCAAGUACUUCUCGGAAGCAACUUCAGCUGGAGAACGUAUCAUGGAUGUGAUAAAUAGAGUCCCAAAAAUAGAUCUAGAGAACAUGGAAGGUGAAACAUUGGAAAAUGUUAGAGGUCAAGUUGAAUUCAGGCAUGUGGAAUUUGCAUACCCAUCAAGGCCAGAAAGCAUCAUCUUCGAAGAUUUUUGCCUAAAAAUUCCUGCAGGGAAGACUGUGGCCUUAGUGGGAGGGAGUGGGUCAGGAAAGUCAACAGUGAUUGCACUGUUGCAAAGAUUUUACGAUCCACUAGGCGGUGAGAUACUUGUUGAUGGUAUCGCUGUUGAUAAGUUGCAACUCAAGUGGUUAAGGUCACAAAUGGGUUUGGUUAGCCAGGAGCCAGCACUAUUCGCAACAAGUAUCAAGGAGAACAUACUUUUUGGCAAAGAAGAUGCCACAAUAGAUGAGGUUAUUGAAGCUGCCAAAGCUUCUAAUGCUCAUAACUUCAUAUGUCAUUUACCGCAAGAGUAUGAUACCCAGGUUGGUGAGAGAGGAGCUCAAAUGUCUGGAGGACAGAAGCAAAGAAUUGCCAUUGCACGAGCAAUAAUCAAAGCACCAAGAAUCCUCCUCCUGGAUGAGGCAACAAGUGCAUUAGACUCUGAAUCAGAACGUGUUGUCCAGGAAGCUCUAGAUAAUGCUGCGGUGGGGCGAACCACAAUCGUCAUUGCUCACCGUCUCUCCACCAUCCGCAAUGCCGAUGAGAUUGCCGUGGUCCAAAAUGGUCAGGUCAUGGAAAUCGGUUCUCAUGAUGAAUUGAUUGAAAAUAAAGAUGGUCUAUACGCAUCUCUAGUCCUUCUUCAACAAACAGAAAAAGAAAAAACCAUUGAAGAUGCCAAUGCCAAUAAUAUUUCACCUUCAUCUAAUUUUAUCUCAAACAUAGACGUGAAUAACAAUAGUAGUGGUAGACUGUCACUUGUCAGUAGGUCAAGUUCUGCAAAUUCAGUAACACCCAGUCGAGUUUCGCUUACUGGAGAGAUCAAUGCAGUAGUUGAGGAACAAAAAUUUCCGGUACCGUCAUUUAGAAGAUUGCUAGCUUUGAAUAUGCCAGAAUGGAAACAAGCUAGCAUUGGGUGUUUCGGUGCCAUUUUAUUUGGUGGGGUUCAACCCGUAUAUGCAUUCACAAUGGGGUCAAUGAUAUCCAUAUAUUUUCUGAACGACCAUAGUGAGAUUAAGGAGAAGAUAAGGAUUUAUGCAUUGUGUUUUCUUGGUCUGGCUUUUUUGUCGUUGGUAGUUAAUGUGAUUCAGCAUUAUAAUUUUGCAUACAUGGGGGAGCAUUUAACCAAGAGGAUUAGAGAGAGGAUGCUUUCAAAGAUACUCACCUUUGAAGUUGGGUGGUAUGAUCAAUACCAGAAUUCAAGUGGCGCAAUAUGCUCGAGACUUGCCAAAGAUGCUAAUGUGGUGAGAUCUCUAGUAGGAGAUCGGAUGGCUCUUCUUGUACAAACAAUCUCCGCCGUAACCAUAGCCUGCACCAUGGGCCUGAUAAUUGCUUGGAGGCUAGCUGUUGUGAUGAUUGCAGUCCAACCCAUUAUUAUCAUCUGCUUUUAUGUCCGGCGAGUACUACUCACAAGCAUGUCUCAGAAGGCCAUCAAAGCACAAGAUGAAACUAGCAAACUUGCUGCUGAAGCUGUUUCCAACCUCCGGACCAUCACUGCCUUCUCGUCUCAAGAUCGAAUCCUGAAAAUGCUCGAGAAAGCCCAAGAACGUCCACGAAAAGAGAACAUUAGACAGUCAUGGUAUGCUGGUAUUGGGCUUGGCACCUCUCAAAGCCUGAUGUCAUGCACUUGGGCUCUAGAUUUUUGGUAUGGUGGCAGACUCAUGUCUGAAGGUUACAUCACAGCAAAAGCCCUAUUCGAGACCUUCAUGAUCCUGGUAAGCACUGGUCGAGUCAUAGCCGACGCAGGAAGCAUGACGACAGAUCUAGCCAAGGGCUCAGAAUCCAUCGGGUCAGUCUUUGCCGUACUGGAUCGAUACACGAGAAUCGAACCAGAGGACCCCGAAGGUUACCAGGCUGAAGAAAUAAACGGCCUCGUAGAGCUAUGCGACGUGGAUUUUGCAUACCCAGCCAGGCCCGAUGUCAUGAUCUUCAAAGGCUUCUCAAUCAGCAUUGAGGCAGGGAAAUCAACAGCAUUAGUGGGACAAAGUGGGUCGGGUAAAUCAACUAUCAUUGGAUUAAUUGAACGUUUCUAUGAUCCAUUAAGGGGCGCUAUAAAAAUAGACAGUCGAGACAUUAGGUCAUAUCACCUGAGGUCCCUGAGGAAGUACAUUGCUCUCGUCAGUCAAGAACCCACGCUAUUUGCUGGUACUAUCAACGAAAAUAUCACGUACGGCGCAUCCAAUAAAGUGAGUGAAUCAGAGGUUAUGGAGGCAGCCAAGGCAGCAAAUGCUCAUGAUUUUAUUGCUGGAUUAAAAGAUGGAUACGACACGUGGUGUGGAGACAAAGGAGUGCAGCUAUCCGGGGGCCAGAAGCAACGUAUUGCAAUAGCUCGUGCCAUACUAAAAAAUCCAGUGGUUUUGCUAUUAGAUGAGGCGACCAGCGCGCUUGACGGUCAGUCAGAAAAGGUAGUUCAAGAAGCCCUAGAGCGUGUGAUGGUGGGGAGGACAAGUGUAGUUGUGGCACAUAGGUUAAGUACCAUUCAGAACUGUGAUACCAUUGCAGUCUUAGAUAAAGGGAAGGUGGUGGAGAAAGGGAAUCAUUCAUCUUUGUUGGCUAAGAGACCUACGGGAACUUACUACUCAUUAGUAUGUCUCCAGACCCAGAGGACACCACAAAAUAAUAACACCACUACGAGCUAA